UGUUACUGUUACCACGGUAACACUAGUAUUACGUUAAAAAUACAAAAAUAGAUUAAUCAAUGUUUUUUUUCUAAAUUCAGGUGUUGAAUUAUCCACGAUGGUGGUUGGGAUUAGUACUGUAUCAAAGUUGCCAGCCAGCCAGCGUGUGAGGCCCUCGGUAGUACCCAAACGAGAGUUGUCUGUUGGUAAAUCCUUCGCCAUAAGUUCCCUCCACAUCCCCAACAGUGACUCGGCUAAAUACGAGAGUGGAUCAGAAGCCGGAGACGUGAUAGACCUCGGAGCGCCGCGCCGGGUCCGUCGCACGCCGGUGUCGUUGCCGCGCGCACCCCGUCUGUACACGCCCAACCCUCGGCUUUACCCCGGACCCAAGGCGAAGGACGAACCGAAGAGACGGAGCGGUCGCAGUGAAGCGAGUCGUCCCAGGAGAAGGAAGCGCAAGUUCUGUCGUCCGGUACCGAACUCGCGGUUGUACCGGCCGGCGCCGCCCCGGGUCCGGCCUCCCCCGCCGCCCUCUCCUCGUCCCCGAGCCGCCUGGUCUCCCCCGACAGGACGCGUGUUGGAGAGCGCGUCGCGUGUGGCGCUGCGCGUGUUGCGAGCUCGGUCGCCGGUGCCGCCUCCACCUCCGCCGCCCGCCCCCGCCACCCCGUCGGCCGGCCGCCGCCUCGUGGUGACGCUGCCGGCGGCGGGCGACGCGCGCUCCGCCAUGUCCGCCCCCAGACACUCCACCAGCCCGGAGUGCUCGGACGGGAACGACCCCUCCUCGGCGCCCAGCGAGUUCCUAUCUGAGUUCCUCUCGGCGAUCAUGCGGCGGCAGUACGCGGAGGCGCUCGAGUACUGUCGGCUCAUCUUGCAGUACGAACCCCACAACGCUACGGCGCGGGGCUUCUACCCGCUGCUGAGACACAAGCUUCGGAUACAGUCUCCCCCUCCUCCGACGCGCACUUUUAAGGACGAGACCAGUUCCAGCGAAGAGAACACUCCCAAGCACGGCCGCCUGUCAGACGAGCUAUUGAAACAGUUUAUGUUCCAGAGCGUGGAGACGGAAUGUUCAGCCGAGUUGUCGGCGUCCGAGGGUCUGGGCUCGGGUUCGGGCGCCUGCUCCUCGCUCGAGCUGGACUCGUCCGAGCCCGCCUCGCCGCGCCGCACCGACACCACAGACCCCUCGGAUAGCUCCUCCUGGCACUGCGACAGCGGCGGCUCGCACUCGGAGCGCGACGACAACGGCAACCCCACACCGCGACACGGUGCAGACGAUGCGGCCGCAGCCGACGCGGACCUCCGGAACGACAACUCGCCUCUGCAGGGCGUCCAGGAACAGACGUCGUCCAUGUCGUCGCUGCAGCGUCUCCGAGCACACUUCGCGUGCUCCAUCAAGUGAAGGCGUCCGCGAGCUCACCCCCCACCUCCAAGGAGCGUGACGUCACCGCCCCACAGCAGUAGUUCCGUGUUGUAUAUUUAAUGAAUGUGAAGUUUGUAUGUAUCCUUGGUUUGUUGUGAACUGAGCGAGGGACUCUGUGAGAGACGUUAUAAUAUUGUUCGUACGCCGCGUCGUGUGAAGUCCUCUGCGCCCCGCCUGUCCUCUGCGCGUCCUCUGUGUAGCGUCUCGCGGACCAGGCCGCAUGUAUCAGUCGCCCGUCGUCAGCCUGUCUUCGGAGACGGACGCUCGUUUACUGAAUACGUUUAUACUAGUAUAGAGUUCAUAGAACUGUCAGGCGUCAGCUGAGAGCUGAGAGCUGAGAGCUCAAAACUAUAAUGUUUGGAUUACAUCCAGACUACAUGGUGUGAUUAGUAGUUUUUUACUUUUUUCUAGAUCAUCUUUAAACGCUUAAAGCCUCCCUUUACAUUUACUUGAUAGUAAGGGUGUCCUAAGUCUAUCGUGUUCGUGAGUGAGCUCCGACCAGUCCCGUCCGCAUGAGCCGCGUGUGUUCCGCGGACUCAUUGGCGGCUCACAGCUUGUCUCUCCGCCGGCCGUCCUCCGCCUCUCAUUCCACGACUUAGCAAAAUUCGUAAAAACUGCAUCGCGUCAACUUUCAUGAAUAAAAGCUGUUACUUUCCGGCGUGGAGGGGGACGAUGCCGACUCAAUGCCGACUCGGAACAAGUCUACUGAACUUAAACGUUCAUUUCAAUUUAUAACUCGAUGUAUACUAAUAUAUAUAUAUAUAUAUAUAUAUAGAUGUGUGUCGUGAAGCACGCUUACCAUUGUAGGAACACCUUAGCACGACACUUACAGACACUUACAGUUGAACGUAUCGGGUGCGGUGUGUGAACCGAGCUGAGCGCAACGAGAAGACUGAAUGUUAUCGUUCCCUUGUAGUGUGACAGAACGCUACUCGCUCGCACGAGCAGGUCAUGGAUCAAGAAGAAGACUGCAAAGACUUGAAACCUAUUCUUCUGUUACUGACAUAUCAUACUCGCAGGUCCAACGUUCUUUGAUUUACAGAACAAAUAUUACUAAUACAUUUUAUCAAAUAGUCAAUAUGAAACUUGGUAGAAUGAAGGUAGCUAGUUGCGGGAGACGCGACGCGACUGAUCAGUGAUCGUUUUGUUUGAUGUCGUUUUUAAUAAAAAUCUUUUGUGAUGUGAUCGUUGUCUUCGUAUCGAUCUCGUUUCGAUUUUUUAACAGAAGCGUUUAGUGUUUGCAUCCUCUUCGUGGCUCUGUCUAAAUAAAAUUAAUAAAAUAUAAUAUCUCGAUACUAGUUUUAAACACGAAUUUACUGAAAUCGCUAUGUUUAUGAAAUAAUAACUUGUAAACUAUGUAUAUGAAAAUCGUAUUUAUUACUAAUGGCCUAUACUAUAUACACUGUGGCACUUGUCACGACGUCGCCUAAUAAAGUGUAUUUGUUAUUAAAAAUAUUAUCCAGUUGUUUGCAUUACAAUCGGUGUAUGGCCGUAGCUCUCGGGCCCACUAAACUUGGCAGCGACGACUCCCACUGUACGGGGAGUGGGAUGUUACACUUUUUUAAAAUUUUUUUUUAUUUAUGUAAGUAGAUUGUUUGUUAUAAAUUUGAUGUGGAAACAUAA